AUGGCCACACCAAGGCGAUAUAACGAAUAUGACAGCGAUGACAGCUACUCAGAAUCCGAUGAUGAUGCCAUAGGAUACGAUGAUUUUGUAGUCAAUAUACACAAAAAAUCAAAUGCAGCAAGAAACACUGUACAAAACAAAUCCAAUAUAUCAUCGGCCGGGAAAACAGCUACGAACCAACAGUAUAAAGGCAAUGUAGCUAAUCCUCGUGGCCCUGCACAAAAAUUUACAAUAAGGGAAAAUAACAAUAACAGAACUACACAAGGUCAUGCAAGCCAUAAUAACAAGCAUGAAACGGCUGACAGUAACAAACACGCUACUGGACAACAUUCCGGUAAUGGAAACGCAAACAUACCGGCGUUGAACGUAGUGGUGUGUGGUAGAGUGGAUGUUGGAAAGUCAACACUUUUGGGACACCUGCUUACGCUACUAGGGGCAGUGGACUCACGUUUACUCCGAGGCGGAGAUAUGGCAUGGAUAUUGGAUCAAGGUGAUGAUGAGAGGGCCAGAGGUAUCACUAUUGAUCCCACAAAAGCAUCUGCUCUAAUUGAGGUACCGCUCACCGACACAAAAAACACCAAAUCUACAAAACAGUCAAAUCAAAAUCUCAAAGGAGAUAUAAAAGUCACACAUACACGUGUCAAAAUCGAUUUCAUUGACACACCAGGACACCACGACCUUAUAACAAACCUAGUACGUGGUGCAGUAUUUGCAAAAGCAGCACUAGUUAUAGUUGAUAUCCUCGAUUUCAUGAAAGAGGAUAUUAACGGGUACUUCGAACAACACUUUUUCCUGCUAUGGAUGUUAGGGGUAAGACACUUUGUCGUAUGCGUAAACAAAGUCGAUCGUUGCGAAGGAUUUGCAUCGUUCGCAGAAGCAGAAAGGAAGGUUCUAAAUCUCAUAACACCAUAUAAGUCCUCUUCCUUUGUCAUUGUAGUACCAACGGCGGGGCUAAAAGGAAUAAAUCUGCUGAAUCGCGAACCCUCCUGGGGAAACGGACCUUCAGUAGUUGAAGCCUUGCAGACAAUCGCGAAACAGACCGUAAUCGCCUCCAAUGACGUAACAAAUGGUACAUAUAAGACCGAUGGAGGGUUUUCCCGCCCCGAGGAUAGCCUCAUUCCCAACUCACAAAUGCCAACGGGAACUGUAUUGUGUCAUAUAUUCGAUAUGUGGGAAAUAUCAAAAUCACAAGUCGGAUGUUCCUGUUUCGUGGAAGCUACACUGCGGACGCCAUGCAAACUUAUAGCACUGCCAAGCGGCAGCACUGUCACCUGCACUGAAAUUUCGUGCAUAUUACCGACCGAUGAAAAGGACACAAAUGUCCCCUCAUCAGAUGAAAAGAAUACGGAUGAACCAAAUUUAUCAACCCUUAUGGGUCGUGUGAAGCUAAGUAAGAUACACUGCGUUCCUCCAUUGGACUUUGUGGACACCAUGACUCUACGAGACCAAGAGAUACAGACACUAACGGGUGAUCGGCUCUUGGUUGACAAGUAUACAUUCGAGAGAUUGAAGGCAGGAACUGGUAUUAUGUCCGAGACUUCACGAAUUAUUUGUCAAGUCUACGUAUCUCCGCAAGCUCGACAUAAACUGACUUUGGGCUUUGAUGUCGAAGUAUUCGUAACAUGUUUCCAGGCUGCUGGCGCUAUAACAGCGUUAUGGCAAUUGGUUUCGGCCGGUAAAUGGAAGCGCGUAACCUCGUUGUCGCCUUGCAAAGAAGGGGUAGUAGUGGUACAACUGACAACGUCACUGUUAGUACACCCAGUGCCACCAAAAAUAAUCAAAAGCGUGUCACCGCUCUCAGCACCUCAUAAACCUCACACUGACACGUCAAAAGCUACGGACAACGACGCCUGCAUGCCAAUGCCGCUACUCAGCAGAGUACUAUUUAAAGUUGCUGGCUACGUUGUAGCAGGAGGCACAAUAGUUGUAGACACUCCACAGUAG